AUGCGGAGAAUCCCCGCCUACCUCGAGCCUCUAUUGGCCGCUCCCGGUGACGGCCGCCUCCUCUUGGCCGGCCGAGCCGUCAGUUCCGUCCGGGAGCGGCAGGAGGGCCGAGGGGCUCUCGCUGAGGCGUCCCCGGAGCAGCAGUCUCCCGCCGUCGGGCCCCCGCGUGCCGCCAUGAGCGUCGCUGCCGGCGCCGCCCCCUCGUGCCCGCCGCUCGCCCGCCGCUCGCCCGCCGCAGCAGCCAGCCCCGUGCCGGUGCGCUCCCGUGACCCUUCCCGCGGUCAGGCCCGGGCGUGCGCUCUCCUGUUAUCUCCUCUCGAGCGACCGCUGCUCUGUCACGACUGUGCGCUCCGUGCUGCUGAUGUUUCCUGUGUGUCCUCGGCAGCGCGGCUGGGUCCGUCCCGUCUGGUUGACGAUGCGAUCGCAGACCGGCUUGAUUUAAUCGUGGAACUGGCAGCUUUAGAAGAAGUAGAAGGAGAUGUGACAGAACUGGAACUGAAACUUGACAAGCUGGUCAAGCUUUGUAUUGCUAUGAUUGAUACUGGGAAAGCUUUCUGUAUGGCCAACAAGCAGUUCAUGAAUGGAAUUCGAGACCUCGCACAAUAUUCCUGUAAAGAUGCUUUGGUGGAGACUAACUUGACAAAGUUCUCUGACACCUUACAGGAAAUGAUCAAUUAUCACAAUAUCCUGUUUGACCAGACCCAAAGAUCAAUUAAAGCACAGCUCCAGACUUUUGUUAAAGAAGAUAUUAAGAAAUUUAAAGAUGCAAAGAAACAGUUUGAAAAAGUUAGCGAAGAAAAAGAGAAUGCUCUAGUAAAAAAUGCCCAAGUUCAAAGAAAUAAGCAACAUGAAGUAGAGGAAGCAACCAAUAUUUUGACUGCAACACGGAAAUGUUUUCGGCACAUAGCUCUGGAUUACGUUCUUCAGAUCAAUGUUCUUCAGUCUAAAAGAAGAUCAGAAAUCUUAAAAUCGAUGUUGUCGUUUAUGUACGCCCAUUUGACCUUUUUCCAUCAAGGCUAUGAUCUCUUCAGCGAGCUUGGGCCCUACAUGAAAGAUCUGGGUGCACAGCUGGAUCAGUUGGCUGUAGAUGCUGCGAAGGAGAAGAGAGAUAUGGAGCAAAAGCACUCCACUAUUCAACAAAAGGAUUACUCUGGUGAUGAUACGAAACUGGAAUACAAUGUAGAUGCAGCCAAUGGUAUUGUUAUGGAAGGCUAUCUGUUCAAGCGAGCCAGCAAUGCCUUCAAGACUUGGAACAGGAAAAAGCCAGAUCACAUCAGGCGCUGGUUCUCCAUACAGAACAACCAACUUGUGUACCAGAAGAAAUUUAAGGAUAACCCCACUGUAGUCGUUGAAGACUUGCGGCUUUGCACGGUUAAACACUGCGAAGACAUAGAAAGACGUUUCUGUUUUGAGGUGGUUUCUCCAACAAAAAGCUGCAUGCUCCAAGCUGACUCGGAAAAGCUGCGGCAGGCGUGGAUUAAGGCUGUUCAGACCAGUAUUGCUACAGCAUACAGAGAGAAAGGGGAUGAAUCUGAGAAACAAGAAAAGAAAUCGUCCCCUUCUACUGGAAGCCUGGAAUCUGGCAGCGAGACAAAAGAGAAGUUGUUAAAGGGAGAAAGCGCUCUACAGCGAGUUCAGUGUAUUCCUGGUAACGCUGCCUGCUGUGACUGUGGUUUGGCAGAUCCUCGCUGGGCCAGUAUCAACCUUGGAAUCACGCUGUGCAUCGAGUGCUCUGGGAUACACAGGAGCUUAGGAGUUCACUUCUCAAAAGUAAGAUCUUUAACCCUGGAUUCAUGGGAACCCGAACUUCUGAAGCUUAUGUGUGAAUUAGGAAAUGAUGUUAUAAACAGAAUAUAUGAAGCAAAGUUGGAAAAAGUGGGAGUAAAGAAGCCUCAGCCCGGAAGCCAAAGACAAGAGAAGGAGGCGUACAUUAAAGCAAAAUAUGUGGAAAGAAAAUUUGUAGAAAAGCAGCCUGCAGCAGCGCUAUCUCCACUUGAAUCUGGAACAAAAGUUUUACCUCAAAGUCAAGAAGAGAAAAGGCACAGUGCUCCUGAGAAAUCCCUUUUGGCAGUAGAACAAGGUGCAGCAUCCCCAAGAGUAAGAAGCAGUGACAGUGGGAUCCAGCAGAGUGUUGAUGACAGCAGGGAACACCUUGCCUCUACUAUAUCAGCUAACAGCUUGUACGAACCAGAAGGAGACAAGCAAGAAUCUUCUGUGUUCUGUGACUCCAAACAGCUUAGUCCAGGAUUGCAUCUUUAUCGAGCUGCCUUUGAGAAGAAUCUUCCUGAUAUGGCAGAAGCACUGGCCCAUGGAGCUGAAGUAAAUUGGGUCAAUAUGGAAGAAAACAAAGCAACUCCACUCAUUCAGGCGGUGCGAGGGGGUUCAUUGGUUACUUGUGAAUUCCUGCUGCAGAAUGGUGCCAAUGUGAACAUCAGGGACAUGAAAGGAAGAGGACCCCUACACCACGCCACAGUUCUAGGACACACGGGGCAAGUGUGUUUAUUCCUAAAACGAGGAGCAAACCAGCAUGCUACAGAUGAAGAUGGGAAAGAUCCAUUGAGUAUAGCUGUAGAAGCUGCAAAUGCAGAUAUUGUAACAUUGUUGCGUUUAGCAAGGAUGAAUGAAGAAAUGCGUGAAUCAGAAGGGCUCUAUGGACAGCCAGGAGAUGAGAUUUAUCAGGACAUUUUUCGUGACUUUUCUCAAAUGGCAUCAAAUAAUCCAGAGAAGCUAAACCGUUUCCAGCAGUCAGAUUCCCAGAAGCCUUAAGUGUCAAGAAGGAAAAGAACCUGCUCCUUGUAGUGCAAGUCAUCUUUAUGUUAACAGAAUGAAUUAUAUGCGUUUUGUUAGUUUGGAUAAAAUGACCACUCUCAAUGUAGCUGUAGAUCGCGGUAGCUGGGGAAUUGUAUACAAGUUUUUAUGUUGUACAGUAUAUAUACCUCAGCAGCUGAAAAACACAUUUAUUAAAAUAAAAAAGGAAUACCUGCUAGCUCAGUAUAGAAAUAGUAGCUGUUAGCAAGUACCAAGUUCAUCUGUGACUCGUACGUGAAGUUAGCAGAGCUCAGCUGUGUGCGGUGCAGGUGGUGGCCGGAGGAUGGGAUCGGCUUUGCACGUCGGUAUCCUCUGCCGUCACCUGCCUCACUAUUGCCAUAAAGAUGCACCUCUGACAAGAAGGUCUAGGUUGCAUUUUCUUGGACUGUUUGGAAGGGAAAUCAGGUAAUGACUUGCUGAAUUGUCCUUCUGCCUGUGGGCCUGUAACUUACAGGAUUCUCUUGUUCCUACACUGACACUGGUUAGAGGCAGGCUGUUAAUAACAAGGUGUGGGAGCUUUUCUCUUUUUCAAGCUCUUUGGCAGCGGAAGCUUUAACACCAGGCUGGCCUUUAUGCUGGUGACUGCAGGUCAGUCACAGUAGGUGUAUAUCCCGAAGGACCAAAUUUCGAAGAGUAGUUUAUUUUUUUUUCUUUUUUUUUUUUGUUAUUUUUAUUUCCCUUUCUAAAAUAAGACUUGCUGUGAAGGAAGUAACUUUUAAAUGAGCACUUGGAACCUUUCACGAGGAAAAAUAAAUGUAAUCUUGCUGGACAUGAUGUGGGUUUUGUCAGUAUUUUGACAUCUGAACAUGAAAAUUGAGACAUUAAAGUAAAAAAUGGAAAGCUGAA